GUCACGCGUUUCCCCUCCAGAACGCCAUCAUGUUCGGGAAGAGGCGCCACACGGACGUCCAGUUCUACACCGAGGUCGGGGAGAUCACCACAGAUUUGGGCAAACACCAGCACAUGCACGACCGGGACGACCUGUACGCCGAGCAGAUGGAGCGAGAGAUGAGACACAAGCUCAAGUCGGCCUUCAAGAACUUCAUCGAGAAGGUGGAGACGCUGACUAAAGAGGAGCUGGAGUUCGAGGUUCCCUUCAGAGACCUCGGGUUCCAGGGCGCCCCCUACAGGUCGACCUGCCUCCUGCAGCCCACCUCCAGCUCCCUGGUCAACACCACUGAAUGG